UCAUGCCUUUUGAUGAUGUAUUGUUUUAAACUAAACGUUACAGAACUUAAGAUUCCAGUGUGGUUCCAUUAUACCUAAACUGCUGUUGGUUUUCCCUGUUUUCAUCUCCUGACAGAUACCUUUCUACAACAAAAUUAUUUCUCUUCCUUGUAUCCUCUCUGGGGUUUUUACUUCACAUCAGCACACUGUUCACUCACUCCUUUGCCCCACCAGCACCGAUAAUAGACUAAUACACAUAAACCGGAAUCAGACAACUUCUUUAUGAAUUUGCUCCAAUUUUGUGUUUCUUAAUCCUCUUUAUUUUAAAGCAACAAAUGACAUCUAAGUUUCGUCACAAGUGCUCUUCAGAUGUAGUUGUUAGGACUUUCAGCACUGUAUCUAGCUCUACGUGAUAGAUUCUGGUAGUUUGUGGUUCUAUUUUACCCCCUUUUAUGAUGCUGAUUGAUGAAAGACUCCAUGAAACUACCCACCACAGCCCUGGGUCACUGCUAUUGGGAUGAUCCCCAUGUUCACUAAUUUAACGUUAUCCACAUGUCACUGACUCCUUGAUGGACUGCUCUGCUGCGUGACAGACGUCAGGAGAUUUUAGUCAAAGAGACAAGGGGUUUGAGGGAGUGGGAGGAGGAGAACAAGGGGAGGGGUGAUGCUCGCAUACCGUGAUCUACACUGUGAUCACUCGGGGUAACUGACGUUCUUGAUUCAUCAUCCGACGACCUCAUGAGCUGCGUGGCUAUAUAAGCUGGGGGACACUGCUGUUCAGAAAACAACCUCAAGAAACUGACCUCCGUUCAUCACCAAAGAUCUUGCCUAGGUUAAUCAGCAGUGCCCUCAGUGCCUUGACCGACUCCCCCAGCCUCAGCAUGCUGCCUGGGAGAGACGCUGCUGUCCGGCAGUGCAUCCUGACGAGCCGCUGGCUGCCCGCAGCUCUGACGCUGCUCCUGCUGCUGUCCUCCAGCUUCAGCAGCGCUCAGAGCACCACGGUGGAGCACGACUUCCACAUCGUUCACAACGUAGACAACAGAAGUCCAGAGAUAGACCCGUUCUGGUACGUGGGCCGUGGAGUGAGACCCAUAGGGCGCUUUGGGAAGAGGCACAGCAGCAUGGAUGCUCUUGGAAACAGUGGGAUGCAGCCUGUCCUAAGGACUUUGGAGCUGCUGCUCAACAGCCUCAGAAAAAAGGAAAACCUUGAAAAAGUAAUCAGUGGAGAGGAAAAUGUUUGGUUACCAUGACGCCAUGUUCUUGCCUUCUGUCCACAAACCUUUUUUUAUUCUCUUAACUGAAGUUGUACAUUCAUUUCUUUUAAUGUAAGCUAUGAGGUUAGCCAUACGUGCAUAAUUCGUUCACCAUAAAGUAUUUACACAUAAAAGAAUGCAAUGUAUAUUUAUCAAUAAAUAAGAAUGUUGUUAGGA